AUGGCUGAACCACCUGAUUUCUUCGUGCCACCUGGUCAGGUUAUCACCGUCAAGCUUAUCAACACCGUUAAUUUUGGACCAGCACAACUAAAUCGAUUCAUGGGACCUCCAGUUCCUGGGAUGGAGACUCAUCCAAGCAAUCCUUCAUUUUCAUUUCUACUAGAGCAUUCAUCUGGUCGAAAACUCAUUUUCGAUUUAGGAAUCCGAAAGGAUUACCAGAAUUAUGCUCCAAAGAUUGCACAGUACAUCCCCACAACAAAAUACAGUAUUAAAGUGACAAAGAAUGUGGUUGAUGUCCUUGAGGAAAGUGGGGUCCCAGGUGAACAGAUAGAGGCAGUUAUAUGGAGUCACUGGCAUUGGGAUCAUAUUGGAGACCCAUCGACGUUCCCUUCUACUACGGAUUUGAUAGUUGGGCCAGGCUUUAAGGAAGCCAUGUUGCCUGCUGCACCUACAGAUCCAGACUCUCCUCUAAGUGAGGAUUCAUUCAAAGGACGAAAUAUAAGGGAGAUUGCUUUUCAAGGGCCGAAUCGCAUAAAAAUAGGGAGAUUCGACGCACUAGACUAUUUUGGUGAUGGGUCCUUUUACCUACUUGAUAGCCCUGGACAUGCUAUCGGUCACCUAUGUGGUUUAGCUAGAACGACCGUGAACCCAGACACUUUCGUCCUGUUGGGUGGAGAUGUUUGUCACUAUGGUGGACUAUUUCGGCCAUCCAAGUAUCUGCCAGUACCUCAAUAUAUUCACCCGCACCCCUGUCAUCCACAUAGUGAUACAGCUUUCUGCCCUGGCGAGGCAUUCGAGGAGCUUCAGAUUUCGCGUGGUCGCUCUAUUACAGACCCGAUUUUUACCCCGACCUUUGGACAUGAUAUAUCUCAAAUCAUUGAAACAGUUGGAAAGUUACAAGAGAUGGACUGUAGAGAUGAUGUGUUUGUGAUCAUUGCACAUGAUGCGACGGUGAGAGAUGCUGUUGAUCAUUUCCCUCUCAGUCUUAAUGCUUGGAAGGAAAAAGGAUGGGGAAAAGAUCUCCGAUGGGCAUUUUUAAGAGAUGCAAAGGCUUAUUGGGAGUCUAAGGGAGUGAUCUGA